AUGUGCAGUCUUGCUGAAAACGAUAGAACCAGCGCUAAGCAAAAAAAAAAAAAAAAAACCACUUGCGACAGGCUUCUUUCCUUCUACUUUCGCUCUUUUUUUUUUUUAUUGUUAUUCCAUUUCGCUUUAUUUCUGUUUCCUUCUCUCUUUGGCGUUACUGCCCUACAUCCCCACUAUCGCAUCAAUUCCAUGUUCAGCGUUAGCAAAAGAAAAAGAGACGCUUACGACUCCGAGUGCAAAAAGUCCAAAGCACAGGUUGGAGAGCGCGAGCGCGAAUUGAUUAGUCUGUCGAACGAAUGGCCUCUUUACAAUCAUCCCGACGGCGGAACAGUGAAGAUUACCCCAUGGGGUUCUUUGCGCCAAUAUAUCGAUCCAGAGACAGGCGAGCUGGUUACUCGUUUCGAAGACGUGACCUUCAGCAAUUACUCCUUCGCCAUGUCGCCUUCCAACAGCGAUAAUCAGUUUUACGAGUUGCCUUCUACGCCCAUGUCUUUGAACGCAACUAACUCAGCCCGAUCAUCUCCGGCGCUCGGGGAACAAAUGAGAUUCAGCCCAUCGAGUGAGGUGGAGCAAUACGUGGUCGACGGAUACAGAAACCAUGAUUCGAAAAAUAUCUCUGGACAAGCUGUGGAACAGCCUCUGUUUGGACAAGAGCAGGAAAAUUAUUUUGGCAUGGUGGAGAACGAGGAUUCGGACAUGAACAACGACUCCAUGGUCAUGUAG